AUGAGGGCGACACAGCGGCUCAACGUUUUGGUGGCGAUUGCGGCUCUGAUUUGCGGAAUCGUGGGGGUCUAUGGACAACAGCAGGAUGCCACCGUGCAGCUUUCCAUCGAGCACGCCAUUGGCGGUGCUCCGUUUACGCCCCGCGGCCAGGAGGCAGCGGCGAGCGGCGGUCGCUACCAGGUGCGGCUGCAGCUGCCUCUCACCAAGGACACGCGCCGGCAGAUGGACUUCAUCACUGCCUCCGUCCCUGCAUGCGCACUGCUGGCGUCCAAUCUCGCGGACUCCCUCCGCCUCACCCUGGAUCAGUUCGGCAACGUCGUCGGCGUGGACUACCGCACCGCCACCGCGGACUGCGGCUCCGCCACCGAGCAGCCCACGUCCUCGAAGUUCGACACCAAGGUGAGCCUCAACGUCGGCGCCGAGGCACCCAAGCCGUUCCGUCAGGAGCUGGAGACGCCCGAGGCCGCCAAGGAGAAGGCCGAAGGCGAGAAGGGCUUCAUCGCCAAAUACUGGAUGUACAUCGUGCCCUUCGUCUUGGUGCUCCUCUUCAGCGGGGGUAUGGGCGGCCAGGAGCCCGAAGCCGCCCAGGGCGGCGAGGGCGCAGCGCCCGCCGCGAGUGGUUCGUUUACCGCCCUUUUUCGUGGUAUCGUGAUCAAGUGGUCAUCAAUCCACUGCUGA